AGAUUCCUUGUAUGAAAUACUAAUUCGAUAAUAUUAUUAUAUGAAGGACCACUAUCGAAACUAAUAUUGUUCUAUCUUUUACAUAACAAAAAAUCAAUUGAAGCCACAACCACUCUCUCCGCCGCACCAUGUCGGAAACACCGUCGCAGCCACCACUCACCACCACCACCGAAACCCUACCUCCAUACUGGUGCUACCACUGCGACAAACGCGUCUCCGUUGAAACCGUCGCGAAUCUCCCCGACCUCAUCUGCGGCGAUUGCAAAAACGGCUUCGUUGAAUCAAUCCCCACACCUUCUCGCUCUCGUUCACCUUCUUCCUCCUCCGAUGAUCCCAAUUUCGGUUCACAGUUUCUUCAGGUUCUUCGCCUAAUCGCUCAAUCGUCGCGUGACGACGACGCGUCUCCACCACCUCCACCUAGUCGUUCACCGGAGAAUGAUUUUCUCAGAAUUGAACUCGGUGGUUGGGACCAUGACGAUGAAGACAACGAAGACGAUGAGUUUCAUAACGACGGUGGAGAUCACGAAGGUGUCGCCGAGGAGCUUGAGGAUCGAUUGGGAAUUGAGGAUCCACACGGAGAGGAUGAAGAUAUGAGACGAAGGAGACGCGAUCUGUUACGUCAUCGAAUUAGGGAUUUGGCGACCCGAACCCGAAGCAUGCAGAAUCGGAUCUUGGAUUGGGCUGAAAUUUUGAUGGGACUUGAAGAUAAUUCGAUUGAGUUUCGUCUUCAGGCACCAGAAUUGGACCGGUACGUUGGUAAUCCGGAGGAUUAUGUUGAUGCGGCGGAGUAUGAGGCGUUGCUGCAGACGUUGGCGGAGAAUGAUGGAAAUGGGAGGAGAGGAGCUCCACCGGCGUCGAAGUCGGCGGUGGAAGCAUUGCCGACAGUGAAGAUUGCGGUGGGGAGUGAGGUGGUUGCUUGUGCUGUAUGUAAGGAAAUGCUUGGUGUUGGAGAAAUGGCAAAGAGAUUGCCGUGUGGGCAUGAGUAUCAUGGAGAUUGCAUUGUUCCAUGGUUGAGUACUAGAAAUUCUUGUCCUAUUUGCAGGUUUGAGCUUCCAACUGAUGAUAAGGAAUAUGAAGAUGAGAGAGCUUCCGGUUCGGGUCGUGGCGGUGGUGGUGGAGCUUCCACCGUUUGAGUAUGUUCUCUUCUUCUUCUUCUGCCGCUGCUAUCUGUGUAACCAUUGUAAUAUAUUUCAUGCUUUCUAUCUAUUUUUUUUUUCUGAACUUUUUUGUUGUUGUUAGUGUAAUUUAAUCAAAGCUUGCUCAAUCAAUGUUGUUUAUUUGAGGCUUUUGACUAGUUCGCUUCUUGGCUCUUAGAUGCUGAGAUACUUGUAUAUAGCAUUUGGAUUAAUGUGAUCACAUUAUUUAUAUGGAAUUUGCUGUUUUUCACCAUGUUA